AUGCGCCGAUCUGCAAAUGCGGCGUUCCUCCCGACCCGAGUGCCGAGGAGAGUGCCCAUGAUCUCCUACACCUACGUCGACGAGGUCAACUCUAACCUAAUCUGCUGCGUCUGCCAUUGUCCAUUCCUGAACCCUGUCGUAACGACAACAUGCUCGCAUACCUUCUGUAGGAGGUGCAUCGAACGCUCGUUGGAACAACAACCGUGCUGCCCUGUGGAUCGUUCACCUCUUACGUUGGAUGAUCUUAAGCCGGAAAAUUUGUUGCUGAGAAACAUGGUUGACGAGCUUAUCGUCGAAUGCCCGCUUAGAUCGUCAGGAUGCCGAAUGACCUGCCAACGACAGCUUCUCGACUCUCAUCUCAGGGACGCAUGCCAAUUCGUACAGGUCCCGUGUUCAGAAGACGGUUGCGAGCAAACCGUUCUCCGAAGGGACCUCGGGAAACACACGCACGACUGCGUACAUCGGCUAGUGAACUGUAUCGCCUGUGGCACAUCCGUUACGGCUUCCGAACUUGAGGCGCAUAACGACAAAUGUGUGGAACAGGAGACACAAUGUGUGGCGUGUUCUGAAAAACUCAAACGCGGCGGAUUAAUAAAGCAUACCGCCACCUGCCCAGAGGUUCUGGUUGCCUGUAUGCACUCGGCGCACGGAUGCCCUUGGAACGGCAGGCGCAGGUGUCUACCGGAGCACCUCCAGAGUUGUUCAUAUGAAGCAAUAAAAGGGUUCUUCGCUGUCAAUGACACGUUGCUAUCGGCACUACGAGACGAGAAUACAGUGUUGAGGCAAAAUUUGAACAAUGCAGAGACGAGUAUUCACGUGCUUCGCCGGGAGCUUGCCAUUGCGCGGAGAGCGUUGGGCCCGUGGUGGCAGCCUGGAGACAGCCCUCGAGCACAAGCAAGCGAAGUUACGGACCCGUCAUCUUCUUCGAGUCGUUCGAAUCACGGGAAUCAUUCAGAUCCACAGCAACAGCAGCUACAGCAAGCGCAUAGAUGGCGCUCUCCGAAUCCACUCUCACCAAUCGUCAACUUUUCGCCAGAGUCCUCACCAGCUUCACCACCAAGCGAAGUCGACUCGAUCAGCUCCAAUACCAGUCCAGGACCUUCAUUCUCCGACCCCGCAUUCCUCGCGUCCUACUUCCCUUCUUCAACUAUCAGUCCCUCGCAAGAUGUUUCGAAUUCAAACUCGAACAGUAAUAACAAUAAUAACGCACAUGCCGUAAUACCACCACCUCCGCCUCCACCAAUAAUGCAAGUCGACCCUCUCACUCGGCAUCUCUUCCCUUUCUCCAGCCGUCUCCAACCAUCACCACCCUUCCCGCCUCCUCCCAUCCGCUUCCCGGACCUCUCCGGCAGCAUCACCCCCUCCCAACCCUCCUCAAACGCAAAUACAGCAGGAGGAGCUACACGCGUAGCCCCCAUCAACCUCAACACAACCCUUGAAAACGCCCUCCUCUCCCUCCGAACCAGCAUCGCCUCCGUCUCCUCCUCCCUCGACGCCCUCGCGCGCCGCACAGACGUCGCACUCACCACCGAGAACCUCCGGAUGAACGAAGAAGUCGGAGCUUUACGCGCAAUCGUCCAUGGUCUGCGCAUGCAAGUACACGCACUCAUCACUGAACGCAACGGUGCGACUUGGGGAACGACUACUACUACGACGUAUUAUAAUCAUUCUCCGCCUCCUGCGAACCCACCGCUCGUGAUUAAUUCUACUACGCAGACAACGAAGCUUUAAAGUAACGUAGAAAUAUCAUAUUUAUCUAUUUUAGUAGUAUACUCCGUAUAUGCACAUUUUUCAGUUUUCAGUUUUCGGGUUUUGUGGGGUAUUAGGGUAUUAAGCAAUUACAUAUAGAAACCUUCUCUUUUCUUUGCCUAACACUAACUAAUCUCUCGUACCCCAAAACCAC